UUUUAACCUUUUCUUAACAGCCCCAUCCCCCCACCCUCCUUGUUUUUCUUCUCGCUUAUACGCACAGAGAAAAUCUCAACUAGAAUCAUUUGUUAGAUUUGUAUAGCGAAGAUGUCUCGGGAGGAAAAUGUGUACAUGGCCAAGUUGGCCGAGCAGGCUGAACGCUAUGAAGAGAUGGUGGAGUUCAUGGAAAAAGUAGCCAAGACUGUGGAUGUUGAGGAGCUAACUGUUGAGGAACGAAACCUCCUCUCAGUGGCUUACAAGAAUGUCAUUGGGGCUAGGAGGGCUUCGUGGAGGAUCAUUUCUUCCAUUGAGCAGAAGGAAGAGAGCAGGGGAAAUGAGGAUCAUGUUGCAACAAUCAAGGAGUACAGGGGCAAGAUUGAAGCUGAGCUGAGCAAGAUCUGUGAUGGAAUCUUGAGCCUUCUCGAGUCUCACCUCGUUCCAUCAGCCUCGUCUGCUGAGUCGAAGGUGUUUUAUCUUAAGAUGAAGGGUGAUUAUCACAGGUAUCUUGCUGAGUUUAAGACUGGAGCUGAGAGGAAGGAGGCUGCUGAGAGCACCCUGUUGGCUUACAAGUCUGCUCAGGAUAUUGCUACUGCUGAACUUGCUCCUACUCACCCAAUAAGGCUGGGUCUUGCUCUUAACUUCUCCGUCUUCUACUAUGAAAUCCUUAACUCGCCAGAUCGUGCUUGCAACCUUGCAAAACAGGCUUUUGAUGAGGCUAUUUCUGAACUUGAUACACUCGGUGAAGAAUCUUACAAGGACAGUACAUUGAUCAUGCAACUUCUCCGAGAUAAUCUGACCCUUUGGACUUCUGACAUCACGGACGAAGCUGGUGAUGAGAUCAAGGAAGCAUCAAAGCUAUCAGGAGAGGGGAAGCCACAGGAAUGAUUUCCGUUCUUAGGACAUGUUACCCUAUUUAUGUCUCCUGCUGUUACAUAGAUGCAUUUGGGUUGUUUUUAGAGGAGUUACAUUGAAUUGAUCGUUUAGUGUGGAGAGCUCCCGGAACUUGAAUUGUUCCAAUGCAUGAUAGAUACAUGCUUUGUUAUUGAUGAGAAGAAUUUGUUUGGUCGUUUACGUGCUAGUGUUAUGUGACUUUCUGAUCAAAGUUUCGGAGCAGCUGCUUUUUAUUUUCUUGCUGCUGAUUUUAUCAUGCAUUCAUUUGACCCAUUGAUCAAAUAAAUUCAUUUUCAAUUC